AAGCCAGCUUGACGUGCCAGACUCAGCUGAAGAAACUAAUAUAGUCAGCUCUGACCAAAUGAAAAGAUUUUCAGACUAUCCACAUCUCUGAUCUACAAGCUGCCUGAUCUACAGGACACAGUGGAGUGGUUUGACACUAUACGCAUAGCUGAAGAAGGUACUGGAGAAACUCGACACUACUGCUUUUCAAGAACGACAUAGACAGGACAGGAAAAUGAUGCAACUCUCUGUACGGCAUUGCUCUAUGGUCUUCAUUGUUCAGCUCAUCAUGCUGCCGUUUACAACUGAUGCAUCUGAGAGACUGGUAGAAGAUCUCUUUCAGUACAUUGAUGCUCAUCAAGAUGACUUUGUUCAGGAGCUUAAAGAAUGGAUAGCUGUUCCAAGUGAUUCCAGUGACCCUCACCUGCGUGAAGAAUUAAUACAAAUGGUAGAGAUAACUGCUCGGAGGAUUCAAACUUUGGGAGCCACAGUACAACAAGUAGACACGGGAUUUGAAACGCUGCAUGAUGGGCAAAAAAUCAAAUUCCCCCCUGCGAUCUUGGCUGAGUUGGGCAAUGACACCACAAAGGCCACUGUCUGUUUUUAUGGACACGUGGAUGUCCAGCCUGCUAAAAAGGAAGAUGGGUGGAAAAGUGAUCCAUAUACAUUGACUGAAGUUAAUGGAAACUUAUAUGGGCGAGGUGCAACUGACAACAAAGGCCCCGUGUUGGCCUGGAUAAAUGCAAUUGAAACAUAUAUAUCACUGAAAAAGGACAUCCCUGUGAACUUGAAGUUCAUUAUAGAAGGGGUGGAGGAAACCGGCUCCCCUGGUUUAGAAGAAUUAAUUACAGAACACAAGGAGUUCUUCUCUGAUGUGGAUUAUGUUGUUAUUUCUGAUAACGUGCGGCUCAGCAAGAAGCCUGCCUUGACAUAUGGGACAAGAGGCAAUGCCUAUUUCUUUGUAGAGGUGGAGAGUGGUAAAAAAGACUUGCACUCAGGAACUUUUGGCGGCAUCAUCCAUGAAUCAAUGAGGGACCUAGUAUAUCUCUUAGCAAGCCUUGUGGACUCUACUGGUCAUAUCCUUAUCCCUGGAAUUUAUGACGAUGUUGCUCCAAUAACAGAAGAAGAAAAAAAGUUGUAUGAAAAUAUAGAUUUUGAUAUAGAAGAACACAAAAACAACACAGAGGUGAACACAUUUUUGUACAGCAGUAAGGAAGAAAUUCUUCAGCACAUGUGGCGUUACCCCAGCCUUUCCAUCCAUGGUAUAGAGGGGGCAUUUGCUGCAACAGGGACCAAAACUGUCAUUCCUUCAAAAGUGAUAGGAAAAUUCUCAAUUCGGCAAGCUCCAAAUAUGCAAAUCCCUGUAGUGGAAAAGCAGGUUAAAAAGUAUCUUGAAGAAGUAUUUGCCAAAUUAAACAGUCCAAAUAAACUGAGUGUUACGCUGGAAAUUGGAGCAAUGCCUUGGGUCGCUAAUGUUGAUGAUCCUCAGUAUGAAGCUGCUAAAGUGGCAAUACGAAAAGUGUUUGGUGUUACACCAGAUAUGAUCAGGGAUGGUUCAACUAUACCAUUAGCCAGAAUUUUCCAAGAUCUAACCAAAAAGAAAGUAAUGAUGCUUCCAAUUGGCGGAGCAGAUGAUGGGGAACAUUCACAAAAUGAGAAAAUAAGCAGAUCUAAUUACAUUCAAGGGACCAAAGUUUUUGCAGUAUUUUUCUUGGAAUUGUCAAAGUUACAUGAAGAUUCACUGGCCAAAUCAGACCAAAAGAAAUUAAAAAUAUCUCAGCUUAUUGAAACCUGAAAACGGCAAUACUAAGAUUUUUCAGGAAUUUAAUAAACCCUGCUAGCUCCUUAUAACAUUACUUUACUUUAUUGUUUUAGUUCUUUUGUUUACAUUGUCUCUGGGUUUUGCAAACCUUGAUUUAUGUAAUUUAAGUAUACUGUAUAUUACAUAUUGACAGCCUUAGGUCAAAUAAGUAUCUUUUUUUUUUU